UUAAUGUGUGUGAGCAGACUGCAUGUAUGUGUGAGCGAUCAUGCGGGAGCUCAGUGGCUCAGUCGGCUGUAGGGAGAGCGUCGUAUAAAAGUAACGUUGGGAACUUGUUUGCCACUCAUUUCACAAACGUGCCGCCUGUUGAACGCAACGUAAAGCGCGACGCACGCGCAAUUGCCCCAAAGAAUCAAAUACAAAAUCGUACAAAAUCGACGUGAUAAUGUGCGCCUAAAGAACUCGGAAAGUAAAACCAAAAACAAAUCAAAACUGUAACCGAAAAUUGUGAACGUGAUUGGAAUCACAACAUGGUAAUGGAGAUGUCCAAGACGUAUCAGUACCGCAAGGUGAUGAAGCCGCUGCUGGAGCGAAAGCGACGGGCCCGCAUCAACAAGUGCCUGGAUGAUCUCAAGGAUCUGAUGGUGGAGUGCCUGCAGCAGGAGGGCGAGCAUGUCACACGCUUGGAGAAGGCCGAUAUCCUCGAGCUAACUGUGGAUCAUAUGCGAAAACUCAAACAGCGCGGUGGCCUCUCGUUGCAGGCCGUCGGCGGUGGUGGCAGCAAUGUUGCCGCCUCCAGCACCAGUGCCGCCCACGUCGAGUCCUUUCGCUCCGGCUAUGUGCAUGCUGCCGAUCAGAUAACUCAAGUGCUGCUGCAGACGCAGCAAACCGAUGAGAUUGGCCGCAAGAUUAUGAAGUUUCUAUCGACACGUCUAAUUGAACUGCAAACCCAAUUGUUGCAACAACAACAACAUCAACAACAUCAGCAGCAAGAGCAACAACAAUCCAUGCCCGCCGUCGGCUAUGCAUCAGGACGCUUGGCCUUUCCGCUGCUGGGCGGAUACGGAGCUGCCGCCGCUGCCAGUUACGGCGCCUUUCUGGCGGGCAAGGACGAACUGAUAGACGUGACAUCCGUGGAUGGGACGGCGAUAUCCGAAACGGCGUCGGUUAGCUCUCAGGAGUCGGGCAAUUCGGAGCCCGUCUGGCGGCCCUGGUAAUCAACUUGGCUGCCCAAUGAUGUCCGUCUGUCCGUCUGUCUGUCUGCCUGGCGACAUCAACUAAUUUCUAGAUCUUAUCUUUAGUAUUCCAAAUGGCUAUUAACCGUUCGCUGCAACAGCAGCAACAACAACAGCAAAAUCCGUUGUCUUCCAAAGCAAAUUGACGCAUCUAAUCGAUCUGUUGAUCUGAUUCGUUGCACUGUGCAUUGUUUUUAAAUACUUUUAAGAUAUUAUUAAUAUUUUUAAUAUUUUUUGUAAAUUUUGUAUUUCAACUGUGAUAUAACUAAAGUACGUUGCGAUUCAAUUUAUAUUGAACUUCGCCAACUUCCUAAUAA